AUGAGUGCCUGCUUCCAGGAAUUUCUUGAGGAUGCUUGGACUUGGUUUAUUGAUGGCUUGGGCACACUGAAAGCUGCUGGUGUCCACUGGGUGGCAGCAGUCAUCCAGCCCCAAGUUAAAAAUAUAGCCUUAAGCUGCCCUCCUGGCUAUCGGGAAUGUCAGAAUGGCAAAUGUUAUAAACCAGAGCAAAGCUGUAAUUUUGUAGAUGACUGUGGAGAUGAUACGGAUGAAAAUGAAUGUGGUACCUCCUGUACUUUUGAGAAAGGCUGGUGUGGCUGGCAAAACUCCCUGGCUGAAAACUUUGAUUGGGCUUUGGGAGUUGGCUCUCGUCAGGGCCUAAGACCUCCCGAAGACCACACACUUGGAAACAAAAAUGGGCACUUCUUGUAUCUGGAGGCUACUCCAGUGGGCCUUCAGGGUGAAGAAGCACACCUCAGGAGUGCCGUGUGGCAAGAAUCCAGCGCUGCCUGCACCCUAAGCUUCUGGUAUUUCAUAUCUGCAAAAGCCACGGGGUCCAUUCAGAUCCUCAUUAAGACAGAGAAAGGACUGUCAAAAGUAUGGCAAGAAAGUGAGCAGAACUCUGGUGAUCACUGGCAACGGGCUGUCAUCCUGCUAGGAAAGCUAAGGAAUUUUGAAGUCCUAUUUCGAGGCAUCAGAACAAGGGAUCUGGGAGGAGGACCUGCGAUUGAUGACAUUGAAUUUAAAAACUGCACGACUGUGGGAGAGACUUCUGAGAGUUGUCCGGAAGCCACUGAUUUUUUGUGCCACGACAAGAAGUGUGUUGCAUCCCACCUUGUCUGUGACUAUAAGCCAGACUGCUCUGACAGGUCUGAUGAGGCUCACUGUGGCCAUUAUACAAGCACAGCAGGAAGUUGCAAUUUUGAAACUUCAGGAAACUGGACCACAGCCUGCGGUCUUACUCAGGACUCUCAAGAUGACUUGGACUGGGCCAUUGGCACCAGAAUUCCUGUCGAAACAUCUAGUCCAGACAUUGAUCACACCCCAGGGAGUGGACAGCACUUCCUGUCUGUCAGCUCAUCUGGACCCGAAGAAGGACACACGGCGAGAAUCACUACUUCCCAGUACUUUCCAGCAAGCCUCGGAGUGUGUACUGUUCGGUUCUGGUUCUACAUGGUUGACCCCAAGAGUAUGGGGAUAUUAAAGGUAUAUACCAUUGAGGAAUCUGGACUAAACAUCCUCGUGUGGUCAGUGAUUGGAAGCAAAAGAACUGGUUGGAUGUAUGGGCAUGUCCCUCUCUCCAGUAACAGUGCAUUUAAAGUGGCAUUUGAAGCUGAUUUGGCUGGAAAUGAAGAAAUCUUUAUUGCCCUUGAUGACAUCACUUUCACCCCAGAAUGUGUCUUUGGAGGUCCUAUGGCAUCUCAGCCAUCACCCUGUGAAGGCGAUCAGUUUUCUUGUAUCUACACACUCCAGUGUGUCCCUCUCUCGGGGAAAUGUAACGGACAGGAAGAUUGCACAGACGGCUCUGACGAAAUGGAUUGCUCCCUCAGCAACCCCCCUCAGCGCUGUGGGCAAAUGGAGUUCCAGUGCUCGAACAACGAGUGUAUCCCGCCCCUCCUGCUAUGUGAUGGAGUGCCCGACUGUCACUUGAAUGAGGAUGAAUCCCGCUGCUCCAAUGGGAGCUGUUCUGAUGGUGCAUUGAUGUGCACUUCUUCUAAUAGCUGUAUCCCAGUUCAUGAGCGCUGUGAUGGUUUCGCCAACUGCAUGGAUUUCCAACUUGAUGAGUCCAGCUGCUCAGAGUGCCCAUUUGGUUACUGCAGAAAUGGUGGGAAUUGUGUAGUGGAGAAGAACGGUCCUGUGUGUCGGUAA